AUGCCGCCAGAUCGACGUGUGCAGCGAAUAGUCCGGGUAAGAACUGGUUGCUUAACCUGCAGACGCCGCAAGAAGAAGUGCGAUGAGACACAUCCGAUAUGUGCUGGCUGUCGGCGCAAUGAGCUGGAUUGCCGGUGGCCCGCACCCGUACCUGCCAGCAGGGGCCCUGAUCAUGACCAGGAUGCUCCAGUAUCUACGACAGAAGGAAGACAACCGAGUUUUUCAGAAGCUCUCGAACAGCUCGAUGAAAUGGCAAUGCCAGAAGGUCUCUUGACGCAACGGGAGCCGUCAAUCUCAUCCAGUGCCGGGCAAUCCGUGACCGCUGACGACCAUCCCGAAGACUCUCUGCUGCAUAUUGAGCCCUGUACACAGCGCCGAGUGUCAACAGCUACUCAGUCCACCGUCAACGCUGAUGCCCUCGUAGCCUCAUUCUCGGCGGGAAAUGUGCUGCCCCGCAGCCUGUCUCUCCUGCCUGGCUAUGACUCCGAGUCUUAUCAACUUCUCAGUCAUUACCUUGCUACAACAGCCGACUGUAUGGCAAAUGGAUCAACACCUAUCAACCCUUUUCUUGUGCAGAUUGUUCCUUUAGCCUUUUCUAGUGACUUAUUAUUACAACUUGUCAUCACUCAAAGCGCUGCUCACCGCGCAUUCCGAUCACGGGAUGAGUCCGACACAAUUGCCCACAAUCACUAUACAAAGGCUCUCCAGCAUUUUCGCCGGGGAGUAACGGACUUUAUCGAUGGGAAGGAAUCGAAUCCUCUCAUGUUGUUAGUGGGGGCACUUCUAAUGUGCUUUACGGAGACAGCAAAGGGUGACAUGAACGGCACAAUAUUCGACCACUUAUCCGCCGCAAACUCGCUGCUUGUCAAGUUGCUUGCCCAGAGCGACUCUGCAGUUCCACGAGAUUUGAAAGAUUUCGUCAUCGAAUACUAUACCUAUACUGCGACCGUCAGUAUGAUUUCAAUAGAUGCGCGCUUUAGCGGACAGCUCUUCCUCAAUCUGGAUCUCGAGCAACGGUCGCGCGAACUACUUCGCACCCAAUACGUGGGGAAUCUUUGCGGUUGCUGGCUGGAACUGUUGCUGCUGAUCCCUUGCAUUUUCGACCUCGGUCGACAGUGGAGUAUGGAUGAUACGCAGGCAGUCAUUCCGACCGCCGAUGAUAUUGCCAUGUUUGCCUCCCUCCAAGCCCAGGUUUUGCGCUGGUCGCCUUAUCCCAGUGUCGGGCCGGAGGUUCAUUUGGCUGGGCUGAUCUUCCAGCAGGCCAUCCUAAUCUAUCUAUACACGUCACUGGGGGGAUUCCAAUACAGUCGGGAUGGGAUGUAUAGAGGCUUAGUGGAAACUGGGGUGACAGAAGCCAUGUCAUACUUGGGUGAGCUGUCGCCCAGUGCGCGAAUCAAUUCGGGACUCUGUUGGCCGAUCGCUGUGGUGGGCUCGUGCCUUCUUGAUACUGAACAGCAAGAUUGCCUACGAAAACGAUUGAUAUCCAUGACCGAGACUUUUGGCCUUGGAAAUAUGCAUCGGACACUUCUUCUACUCGAGGCAAUGUGGCAAUUACCUGCUUCUGAUGCAGGACCGUGGAACAUCUGUCGUGCGAUGCAGCAAAACCAAAUAUGGAUCUCAUUUGCGUGA